GAGUGUUGUAACUAAAAUGGCGGCGCGGUGGGGAGCAGGCGAUGAAAUUUUAGCUGCCUGCAACAUGGAAUUUUUCUCAACAAAUACUCUAGACGAGGUGGUGAAUCUCCAUGGGGGCCUGUCCAGUGAAAGCGUGGCCAGACUGGAGCUGGAUACAGGAGAGGCUCUGGAGGCCCUCCACUGCUGUCUGGACCCCUCCAUACUGUCCAUCUUUGAGGACACACCCUCAGGAGAGAAUAAAUUUGGACUUGAUGAGGUGAACCAGGCUACGCUGCUCACAGCUUUGACGGAGAUCCUGGAUAACGUGGACAAUGAGAACCUUUCCCACUUUGACACACUGCCAGACUCGGACCUACUGUCUGGCCAGAAAUAUCGGGAACACUCUCCGCUGAGGAGACUGCUGUGCUUGUCCCGCUCGCCUCCAGAGAGAGAGACACUCUGCAACACACGACAGUUCUCCACAGGAAAGAGUCUCCCCAGGACACAGAAGUCUGUCCAGAGGAGUGACGGAGAGGAGGAAGAGGAUGGAGAGCAAGAGCUCCUGAACUGGGAUGGCCUGAAUCUGCCUCUCCCGCUGGCUCUGGAGCAGCACAUGGGGGAAGAGGGCGAGGAUGGAGAGAGCAUGUCAGUGAGUCUAGGAGAGCUGGUCAGACACAUGCACCCCUACUGCAUGGCCGUGUGCAUGGAGAAUGGGGAAGGGGAAGAACAGAUGCUGGCAGAGAAAAGGAUACUGCUGGAGGUGGUGGACCAGGGAGUGCAUCGAGAAUCUAUAUUUGCCCUCCCAGAUAUGGGCCUCUCCCUCUGUCAUCCCUCUUUCUCCUUGCCUGGAGUAGAAGACUCAUCCGAAGCGGAGCAGAGGGUUCCAGAUGAAGUUUUGGAGGCCGCCAUUUUGGAGACACAAGAGUCUGCGAAUGAUGAUGUCGUAAUUGGGGAUGACCCAGCAGAGGUGGCUGGCCCUUCUGACCCCGCGGUGACCCUGAGGUCAGAGGCAAGGGGUGAGAAGGUCAUCAACAGGAGACCAAAGGAGGAGACUGCAGAGAGAUGUCCGUCUCGAAGGAAAAGGAAACGGAAAAACAAAAUGGAGAAUUCACCUCCCGAAGUCACACCUGAACCUGACCAGGCAGAGAGGAGGGUCCUGAGGAGAGCAGCCCAGGAAUCCUCGCCCUGCGAGCCUGUCAAGGAGAUAGCCAAACCGAAGAAAAAGGACAAGAACAAGUCGUUAACUUCCGCCAUUUCUAGGGCCGCCCCCGAGGCGCCAAAACACAAGACGAGAGCGACACAUACCGCCGAAAAACAUGUGGAAGUCACCACCCUAGUACUUCCCAAACAACCCAGCAUUAAGGUCAUGCCCGCCUCUGACCUGUUGCCAAUGACUAUGACCCCCGAGAAGGUCUCCCAACCAACCACAGCCUGCGGGAAGUCUCAAGGCCCCACAGCUUCUAUAGCUAACCCAACUGCCCACCAGUUGAUGGAAGCCCCCCAGGCAAUGACAAUCAACCUUCCCAGUGCCAACCCUGUAUCAGUGGCCCCUCAGCCAACGAUGCAGCCCAACAUUGCCCCUCUAGUGGCCCACCAGGCGAUCCCCCCUCAGGCUAUUGAACCCAAACCCAAGCCCCUGUCCCUCCAGCAGUACCGGUUGCUGCGCCAGCAGAAGAAACUUGCCCCCCUAGAGAGACUGGAGGACCAGAGCGUCAAGUGGCCCAUCCUCCUUGAGGCCCCUACAGAGCUGCCCCCCAUCCCCUGCCUCCCCACCCCCUCCUCCAGAGGCCCCCACCCCUCCCCGGGGAAAAAUGAGGUGGAGGAAGUGAAAGCAGCCUGGCAGCCCAUGGGACCAGGAGCACCUCCUACACCUGAAGCCCUGCUGGUGCCUCCUGCUUACAUGCAGGCCUCCAAGUCAUAUUCCUCUAGCAAAGUUGCUAUUGAAAAUGCGGCCCUUACCACCCCUCCCCAGCAAGCGGCUAUUCCUACUCCACAGUCAUCUAAAGCUAGCCAACUCCAGCCCCUAAUCUCCGCUAUGCCUGCAUCCAGUACUGUGAAGGUGAUACCAUCCCAAACCCCCUCUACCAAGGCCCAGACCCUUUCUGUGAAGUGUUGUAUACCCCGGGCCCCCCAGCCUGCACUCUCAAACCCCCUGCUCCAGUCUCAGCUACCCUCCUUGAAGCCUGUGGCCCUUAUCAAAUCUCAGAGCUCCAGUGGAGCCUCUUCUAAAACCACUACAGAUACCCACAGGUCCACCUUAAUUGCUCCUAUACCCCAAAAACCCACCCCCGUCGCUACUAUUGUACCCAAGAGAACUUUAAACCCCAACACUGCUGCUGUUUGUGUACAGAAACCUACCCCUGCUGCUGCUCUGAAGGUGUCUACUAAUCUCCAGAAGGGAGUAGUUGCUAUGCCCCAGCCUAGGGUGCCUGAGCUACCUACCAUCACGCCUGUGUCUACCCUAGCCAAGCCCUCCAACGCCCAGGCCUUCAAACCUCCAGUCUUCAAACCUCCAGUGAGGUGUUCUCCAGCCCAGGAGGCCCCCAAAGCCAGGAGUCCUACUCAGGAGCUGAUGGAGGCCUUCACCAGUGAAAUCGGUAUUGAAGCUGCAGACCUCACCAGCCUGCUGGAGCAGUUUGAAGAGACACAAGCUAAAGAGGAGCAGUGUGUUCCGGAGGUCUCUGGUAGAGCAGCAGCUGUAGGAAACUCUAGUGUGGCGCAGCCAUGUGAUAGGACCCCUGUGGAGAGAGUCCAAGCGCAUGACCUGACCAGCACUGCAGAUCUGACUCCUCCAGCUACCCCUCCUCACCAGAUGUGGAAGCCCCUGGUCCCAAUUGCCCUCCUUGGUAAGAGCCAAGCCACUGAGGCCCCCAAACCAUCACCCUCCAAGGCCAUCCAGAUCGACACGCAGCCCCUGCCCUCCAACAAGCUUCGGAGCAAGCCCUCCAGCCCCCCUAUAACUCCCACCCCCAAUCCAGUGUCUCUCACCCUGGCCUUUUCAGACCACGACUACUCCCUCCUUCAGAAGGAACCCAUGGCUAUUGCAAGAGAGCCAGGCAAGCGCUGGAAUGUCAAACAGCAAGCAGCCAUCACCAUCGAGCCACUUGGCAGCAACACUACCUGGGUACCCCAGAGGAUCCCUGCCCCCUCCCUCCAAACCCUCACAACUGCCCUGGGUACGAAGAACCAUCAGGCCCCCCUAGUUCCCCAGCCCCUGGAUGUAAAGACUGACAGGACUAGCUCUGUGCUGGAGACCCCUGAUGCCUCUCCCACCAGGCUGAUGGACCAGGCUGGUCCCCUGGAGAGGAGUCCCAAGAAAGGGAGGUCUUACCGAAGUUACAAUAAUACCUUCUCCCACAGGCCUAGCCCAAGCCCCAGGGAAGGAAAGCGAGGAAGGAAGAGGAAAAGGAGUAUCCACCGUUCCUCCAGCCCUGACUUUACUGACUCGGAGUCGGACUCCUCUUCUCAGUCUAGAUCUCGCUCUCUACCCAGGAAGAGGUACAGGCCUCGUCACUCUGAUAGCAGCUUCAGUGCCUCAUCUUGCUCCUCCUCUCGUUCCUCCUCUCGUUCCCUGGCCUGCUUUCCAAGGCGGCGGCGAUAUUCCUACUCCUCUUCCCGAUCAGGAUCAUGGAGUAGGUCCCGUUCCCGCUCUCCCCACAGACGGGCGUGGAGUAGAUGCAGCAGACAACGCAGCCCGUCUUUCAGACCAGGCUACCGGCCUGAAUCUAGAGAAAACAGUGAGGUGGGGAAGAGACUGAAAGAUAAAGCCGUUGAGGAGCGUCGGGUUGUUUACGUAGGGCGAAUCCGAGAGACAAUGACUCAUAAAGAGCUGAAGGAACGCUUCUCUCUGUACGGAGAGAUUGAGGAGUGCACUUUACAUUUCAGAGGCCAUGGGGAUAACUAUGGGUUUGUGACCUACUACGAUACGAAGGAUGCAUUCACGGCCAUCGAGAACGGCAGCAAGCUCCGUAAGCCUGACGAACUCCCCUUUGACCUCUGCUUCGGAGGAAGGAGACAGUUCUGCAAGACGAGCUAUGCUGAUCUAGAUUCUAACCGCGAGUAUGACCCGUCGGCACCCGUGACUGGCAAGUUUGAUGCCCUUGACUUUGACACUUUACUGAAGCAGGCCCAGAAGAGUCUGAAGAGGUAACAGAGGUCAGCCCACUAGGGGCUCCACACUAAGACUUACCUCAGAGCCGUUGGCAGGCUCCUCCCACUAUCAUCGCUGGCUUCGCCUUGACCGAGGGUGUGGACCACAACGCACGGUCGAUACAUUAGCCAGCUAACAUUAAUUUACAUGCAGAUAUAGCUCUUUUCUGGUUCAUACAAGACCGUUUUAAAGCUGCAAUCAGAAAUUAUAGAGUAAUAGAACCUUUACAUCUUGGUUUAAGGCAUUGUACGAAGCUAAUAAGGCAUAGUUCUAUUCAAGAGUCAAAUGUAAUCAAUGUCAUUGAUUGAAGCAAUAUAUCAGAAUCAUUAUUCAGAAACUGUUGAAUUGAGGAAGUCUGCCUUUUUUAAUAUGGAUUGUUUGUGUGAAGUCAUUUAUGCCAUGUUCACUUCAAGCCUGUCUAUCUUUGAACUCUGAAAUGCUAUUUUUGGAUUUUUUGACAUGUUAGCUUUAUAACACAUUUUACUUUUUUGUGAUAUACAAUGCAUUCGGAAAGUAUUCAGACCCCUUGACUUUUUCCACAUUUUGUUACCUUACAACCUUAUUCUAAAAUGGGUUUAAAAAAAAAUCUUCUCCCCUUCAUUAAUCUACACACAAUACCUCAUAAUGACAAAGCGAAAACUGUUUUUUGAAAUUUUUGCAAAUGUAUUAAAACAUAAACUGAAGUAUUCAGAUCUUUUACUCUGUACUUUGUUUAAGCACAUUUGGCAGUGAUUACAGCCUUGAGUCUAAUUGGGUAUGACUCUGUAAGCUUGGCACACCUGUAUUUGGGGAGUU